AUGGUAAGGAGUAAAUCUCAUGAAAAAACAUUUUUAACAAAAAAAAAGAAAAUGAUUAAAAAAAAAAAAUAUUUAAAUAGUUUUAUAAAAAAAAGAAGCAUUAAAAAGUAUAAUAGAAAUAGUAAGAUUGAUCGGAAAAAUAAAAAAGCUAAUGACAUUGAUAUUCUUGGUUUAUUAGAAAAUAAUACAAAUGAGGUAGAAGAUUCUGAAAAAUUAUUAAUAAAAAAUAAAAAAGGUAAAGAAAAAAAGAAAAAGAAUAAUAAAAACGAUUUUGAUGUUAAUGAGUCAUUAAAAAAUAAUACAUAUAUUACUGAAAAUAAAGAGAAAUUAUUAGAUGACAAAGAAAAAAAAAAAGGCCUUUCAGAAUUUUCAAAAAAUAAUGAUAUUUUAGAGUUAACGAAAGAGAGAGAACAUCUGAAAAUAAAAGAUGAAAACAUAUUUGAUGGAAAAUUUUCUGAUUUAAAAAAUGUCUUAAGUGAAAGUUUAAUAAGUAAUUUAGAAAAAAACAACUUCAUUAAAACAACAAAAAUUCAAAAAAUGAGUAUUCCUUUGAUAUUUAAGGAAAAUGAUGUUUUUCUCAAGUCUAUGACUGGUUCAGGUAAAACAUUAUGUUAUGCAAUACCAUCAGUACAAAAAAUUUUAAAUAUGAAAGAAGAAAUAAAAAUAACAAGAGAAAUGGGAAUAUUUAUUUUAGUAUUAUCACCAACUAGAGAAUUAGCAGUACAAAUAAAUAAUUUAUUCUUUAAUUUAACAAAAUCAUAUCCAUAUAUAGUUGUAUCGUGCAUAACAGGUGGAGAAAAAAAAAAAUCAGAGAAAAAUAGAUUAAGAAAAGGAAUAUCUAUUUUGACUUGUACACCUGGAAGAUUACUAGAUCACUUAGAGCAUACAAAAUCAUUAAAACUAACUUACUUAAAAACUGUUAUCUUAGAUGAAGCAGAUAAGAUAAUUUUUUUAGGUACACAAGAUAAGAUAAAAUUAAUUUAUGAUUUAAUUAAAAAAUUAAAAAUAGAAGAAGUAAAUAAAAUAAAAGAAAAAAAUAAAUAUAUUACAAAUAAUUUUCAAAUGAUUUUUAUUUCUGCAACAUUAAAUCAUGCUAUAAAAAGUUUAGCUAACUAUUGUUUAACCAAUAAUACUACUUGGAUAGAAAAAAAAAACAUUCCUACUAAUUUUGUUAUUAAUAAUGAUAUAGAAAAUAGCAAUUAUGAAUUACCGGAACAACUAAAACAGUAUUGCAUAUUAAUAGAUCUAAAGCAAAAGUUCUUAUGUUUAUUAUAUAUGCUAUUAGAUUGCAUACAAAAAAAGAAAAAACCAGUUGUGUUCUUAUCAAAUCAUCACAGUGUGGAAUAUUUUCAAAUUCUUUUAAAAAAUUUAUAUUGGCCUACUGAUGUGAAUAAAAAAUAUAUAGAAGUAAAUAAAAGACUGAGUGAAGGUAUUACUCCGGUAUUAGAAAAAGAAGAUGAAAAAUUAUUGAAAAAACAUUUAGAACAUAAUUUCUUAAAUAGUUGUAAGGAAAAAAAAAAUAAUUUAGUAUUAUCAUAUAAAAAUAUAAAUAUUGAAGAUAUAAAUGAAGAUGAGGAUCAACAAUUAUAUAAUAUUAAUGCUGAUAAACAUAAAAGAAUAUAUUUAUUUCAAAAUGUAAAUAUAUAUAUAUUACAUGGGAACUUAUCAAAGGAAGACAGAUUGGGAAACUUUACUGACUUUUCAAAAAAUCAAAAUUCUAUUUUAUUAUGUACAGAUAUAGUAUCAAGGGGAGUGAACUUUAAUUCAUUAAAUGUUGUUAUUCAAUAUGAUGCACCUCAAAUGUUAGAAGAAUAUAUACACAAGGUUGGUAGAACAGCAAGGUUAAAUAAUGAAGGAUCUUCUUAUUUAUUUUUAUUAAAUUCAGAAAAAGAAUUUCUUAACGUUCUUAAAAAAAAAAAUAUUCAAUUAAAAAUACUUAAUGGAAACACAUUAAUUAAUCAAUUUAAAAAUGUUUACAUUCCUUCAUUUCUAAAGACAGUUGGUAAAGAUAUUUUAAAUUUUUUACAAAAUCAUUUUCAAUCUAUAGUGAAAUCUGAUAAAUUACUGAUUGAAAAAUCAACAAGUGCAUAUUUAUGUUCUAUUACAUCUUAUUAUUCAAUAAGCAAAGAUAUAAGGGAUAUUUUUAAUGCAAAGAAUUUACAUUUAGGACACUUAGCUUUUACAUUUUUACUAGAUCAAACACCAAAAGAAAUUUCUAAAUAUAAAAAACAACAAAAUUAUUUAAAUAUUAAGAAGCAAACUAAUCUAAACAAAAAAGAAAAAAAAUUAUUGAAAUCAAAAAAAAUGCAAAAAUAUUCAAAACAAAAUGGAACUUUUCCAAGACAAAAAAUGAAAACAUUCAAAAAAAAUAUUUGA